CUAAAUUGCAGACGAACAACAGAGAAAACUUCUUGUACUAUUUCAGUUUUAAUUUUAUGUGUAAUAAGAUUUUCUUUUUUUCCACGUACGAUGAUUUUCUUGAAAACUUGCAAGGAGAAUAGUGCACUCCCUUGAACGGGAGAAGGAGGAAGCCAUUGAAUCAACAGACCGAAGAUGCUUUUACAUCUUUAUAACUUCUCUAAUUUAUAAAGUCAAUUCCUGUGUUAUUGUGCAAGUUUUGGAUCGUCUAACCAUCAGGUCCCUUAGGAUACAGUGAACAUACGACCUUCCAUUAACCAACCACGGAGGAAAGCCUACUGAAUCUUCGAAGGAGAUUAUAAAGAAGAAAUGGUGCAGUUCGAAGCAACAGAAAAGCAAUUUAAGCUUCGUCGCGAGGAUUGUUGCUUGUUGAUUGAUCGUGCAACGGGAGGCAUCCAAGUUACGCCAGAGGAAUUGGAUUCCGAAGACCGCAAAAGUGAAAACAGCGUUACUAUAUUUGGAUCUAUUAAACUGAAGAACGAUGAAUAUCUGAUUCUUGCUACAGAACGGUCUAGCGCUGCUCAGAUUUUGGGCCACAAAAUUUAUCGCGUGGAAAAGUUUGAGGUGAUUCCUUACAUGGGGCGACUUGCGACCGACCAAGAUGAAUUAGAUUUAUACAAUUUGCUUCAAAACCAUUUGAAAACAGGACCUUUUUACUUUAGUUAUACUUGGGAUCUAACCAACUCUUUGCAACGGUCUUGUGCAGAGGAAACCAAGAAUUCGAAUGUUUCUAGAAGUGAUAAUCGAUUCUUUUGGAACGAGUUUGCCAGCAAAAAAUAUAUUGAAGCGAUCCAGGCGCACCCAGAAGCUGCCUCAUUCGUUACGCCUAUGAUUUAUGGCUUCAUUACUUCCUCCACAUGCAUGGUGAAAGGCCGCUCAGUCACUUUAGCACUUAUUUCUCGCCGUUCCAAAUUCCGUGCAGGAACACGUUAUUUUACAAGAGGGAUUGAUGAAAAUGGAAAUCCUGCCAACUUCAAUGAAGUAGAGCAGAUAACCAUUGUUUCGGAUGAACGCUCUGAAAUCACAUACUCUCAUGUUCAAACUCGUGGAAGUGUCCCGGCCUACUGGGCAGAAGUGAAUAAUCUUCGCUAUCGUCCGCGAAUGAUCACUAACUCGGCAUCUCUUGCUACUAAGGCAGCACAAAAGCAUUUCGACGAGCAAAUUGCUAUCUAUGGCGAUCAAAUUAUAGUAAACUUGGUAAACUGCAAAGGACACGAACUUCCCGUUAAACAGGUUUAUGAAAAUGUGGUACGACGUCUCGAUAAUCCUCGCAUCCAUUAUCACUAUUUUGACUUUCAUAAGGAAUGCAGCCGUAUGCGGUGGAACCGUGUUUCGUUAUUGAUGGACGAGAUCCUUCCAGAGUUGGACGAGCAAGGAUAUACUACCCUCGACACGCAAAAAUAUCGAGUACUUUCUAGACAAACGAGCGUCGUCCGCAGCAACUGUAUGGAUUGCCUAGAUCGAACCAAUGUGGUUCAAAGCUGUAUUGGGCGACACGUUUUGACAAAUCAGCUUCGCAAAUGCGGUCUACUUGGCGCUACCCAUCCUCUUCGUUCCAUCCUUCCUUUGGAAAAAAGCUUCUGUUGUAUUUGGGCUGACAAUGCUGACCACAUUAGUACGGCGUAUUCCGGAACAGGUGCUCUAAAGACUGAUUUUACCCGUACUGGAGUUCGCACUCGUCGAGGUGCGUUUGAUGACUUCGUUAAUUCUGCUAAGCGAUACAUCUUAAACAACUUUUAUGAUGGUGCUCGUCAAGAUGCCUAUGAUUUGGUAUUGGGUCGCUUUAUUCCUUCUUCCGACUUUCAUUACCGUCUUGAUUUACGCCCUCUUACCAUUCGUUGUAUGCCUUACGUGUUAUUAGCAUGCGUACUCUUGUUUUUCUUUUCCUUGUUCUCCAGAUCUUCUACGGCGGUAUUUUCCCCGCACAUUCUUUUGCUGCUUUCCUUUCUUGGUAUUUUGGCUUCCACUUUCUACUGUGUUUCUCGCGGAAUGCAAUACGUCAAUUGGCCUCGUCUUUUGCUUCCAACUUUUUUGCAUUCCGAAUUCACUUCUGAAGGUCGAGUCUUUCUCCCCAAUAGUCAAUUGGCAACUCAGUACAAAGCCCAAAAUGACUGAGAAGAAGACUCUUAAUUCAGAAAAAUUCUAUGACCAUAUCGCCAGAACAGGAAGAUAUACGUUUUCUUUUCCCUCGUGCUUGACUUUGAUUUGAUGAAAUAACAAGAAGGUUUUUGUUUCCCAUAUUGUUCUUUUUGUUUCUCUCUGUGACCCACUGUGAGAUGAUCUUUCAAUAGAUUCUGAUCUUUUGCGACGACUCCUUUCUUGGUAUGAAUUAUGAGAUCUAUUUAAUUACGUAUCUAUCUAUAACGAAUGGAAACUAUUUUCCUCAAUGGAAACAUCAAGACUAGAAAUAUACUGCAAAUAAUCACAAUCUCUGUUUCUAAUCUCAACUAUAACUUCUUCCAACA